UUUAUCGACGAAAAUGAAAAUUCAUUACUCUAUUUAUUUUUAUUUCUUCUAUCUCUGAGGUAAAUAAUAAAAUAUAAUAUAAUAAUAUGUAAAUCGUUUGUUACUAAAACAGCGCAAUUGGGCCUUACGUAUUAAAUGGGCCUAUUGUUUGGGCUUCAUGGGCCUCACUGUCUUGAAAUACUACAAUCUGCUGUAAACGGGGAUUUUGUUCCAGUUCGACGUCCGUACAUGGUCUCUCGUGAAUCACUCGUGAAGCUUUUCGAAUCCUGUAGAAGAGGGAAAUGCUUGAGCCAGCUGCAUUCCGUGACGAUCAGAGCAGGACUGACUGAUGAUAUUUUGGUUGCAUCGAAAUUGGCUGAGUUGUACUCGAAAUACACCUCGUUCCACAACGCUUGCAAGGUGUUCGCCGAAAUUCCUCAGAGGAGCGGCCAUGUCUGGAGCAGCAUUCUCAGGUGUUACCUCGAAGAGAAAAGGUAUAAGGAGAUUCUGCUUAUCUUUACUCAUAUGUUUCCGAAUCAGAAACCGGAUGCUUGCGCGACACGCGUCGCGCUACAAGCUUGCGCGGAGACGAAAGCAUUUGGUUUGGGGAAGACGAUACACGGCUUCGUGAAGAAGAAGAGUAAUUUCAGCAGCAAUUUGUUCAUUGGAGCGUGCUUGAUCAAAAUGUAUUCCAAAUUUGGGGAAAUGGAUGAUGCGCUGUGUGUGUUUCGAGAAUAUUCGAAUCCGGAUAAGGUCCUAUGGACGGCAGCCAUUGCAGGGUGCAAGCUGAACGGUGCACCAGCAAUGGCCAUCGAAUUAUUUGCACGAAUGGUAAGGACUAAAGAGGUUGGGGUUGUGCCUGAUUCGAUCACCCUCAGCAGCGUCGUAUCUGCCUGCACGCAGACGUCUGACUUGCGAUCAGGUAGGAGUGUUCAUGGCUAUAUGAUCCGGACGGGUAUGGACUAUGACGGCUUGUCUUUGUCGAAUUCGUUGCUGAGUUUAUAUGGGAAAACGGGUUCGGCGCGUUCUGCAGCCAAGUUAUUUGAGAAGAUGGAAGCUAAAGAUGUGAUAUCAUGGGGCUCGAUGGUCGCCUGCUACGCCCAUCACGGCAAUGCUUUGGAAGCUCUCGAUCUUUUUGAUGAUAUGGUGGCUAAAGGAAUCGAGCUCAAUGCCGUCGUUUUGAUCAGUGCAUUGCAAGCAUGUGAGGCUACAUGUGAUGUAGAGAGGGGUCGACGAAUACAUAAACUCGCUGUAAGGGAAGGGUUGGAAUUCGAUAUAUUGGUUGCCACCGCGCUGAUCGACAUGUACAUGAGCUGCUGUGUACCCGACGAUGCGAUUCAAGUGUUCAAUCGGAUGUCUGAGAUCGACGCAGUUUGCUUCUCUGCUCUGCUGCACGGAUGUGUUCGCAACGGUAGGGCAUAUAAAUCCCUUGUAGUGUUCCGGGAUAUGUUGGCCAAUGAUUUUCGACCCGAUGUUUUUGAUGCGGUGAAGGUUUUGACAGCAUGUUCGGAGGUAGGAGUUCUUCAACAAACGAGUUGCGUCCAUGGUUUCACGCUCAAGGGCAGCUUAAGUAACGAUCCCCACAUCAUCGUCUCAUUAAUAGAAUCUUAUUCAAAAUGCGGUAGCUUGGGCGACGCCAUUGUAGUGUUCGAACAUAAAAUAGACAGAGAUGUUGUUACCUGGAGUUCCAUGGUUGCGGCGUAUGGGCUUCAUGGGAAAGGCCUGGAGGCUCUGGAGCUAUUUCGUCAAAUGAUCGAGCAUUCUUCUGUUACACCGAAUGAUGUAUCUUUUGUUUCGAUUUUAUCUGCGUGCAGUCAUGCCGGUCUAGUUAGGCAAGGCAUCGACAUAUACAAUCUUAUGGUGAAGGACUAUAAACUGCAACCAAACACAAAGCAUUACGCGAUAGUAGUCGACCUUCUUGGCCGGGCCGGUGAGCUAGACAAGGCCAUGGCAUUUAUAGCUCAAAUGCCGGGGCCUGUCGAUGCCAACGUAUGGGGAGCAUUGCUUAAUGCUUGCCGUAUUUAUCACAACACGGAGAUGGGAGAAUUCGUAGCAAAGAAACUGCUCGAAUCAGAUCCUUGUGAGGUUAGUCAUUACAUAUUGUUGUCGAGCAUGUAUGCUGCAGACAAAAAUUGGGUCGAUGCAGCUCAAGUCCGAAACAAAGUCAGACACAAGGAAUUGAAGGUUGUCUCAGGCCAAAGUGUAGUAGAAAUAAGGGAUAGAAUCUGUACUUUCGUUGCCAAUGACAGAUCCCAUCAAGAUUUUGUGCAAAUACAUGAAAUGCUAACAUUACUAGAAGAGAAGAUGGUGUAUAACGAUACCCAUCAAUUUAAUUACCAUGCUUAGUAUGACCUGUAAAGCUGUAAAGAAUAAAUCUUGUCCUAGGGACUAUAACUAGCAUAUGAAAAAUCAUUUGAUCGAUAUAAAACACUCAAUACCCAAGGCAAAAUCUCAGAAAUCUUGGUGCUAGACAUCCUUACACAUCUUCUUUUCUUUGUAUCAGCUCGUGUACACUGAUUUUUAUUUGCAUAAUCGUGCAUUCCCACAAAAAACAUAGGGCAUAUAACUUUCCACCUUCUACAAUACUUAGCAAUGGCUUGUUUGUUUACC